AUCCAAACAGCUUUCUUAAUACCGACAUUUAGGUAUUAUAAGUUGCAUCAUCAUAUCCUACCUGUGUGGCAUUAGGUUGCAUGUGUGGUUGAUUGGAAGAAGAAAACAGAUCAUUACUUUCUUUCAUUUUCAGGAUUUAGGUUUGGAUGGGAAAGACUAAAUCAACAGAAGAUAAAAUAUAAUUUGAAGAGAAGUCUGUGACGCAUUUUCAUUUGGUUUAUGGUCACAUUUUGUGGGCGGGACAGUGGUCCAUAUGCAGACUAAACGCUGCUAACGUUACGUUAUAUUCAACGGGCGUGAUACUACAAGGCUGCGGGAUUAUUACCAAACGUUAUUUUAGUUGCAGUUUUAUCCUCUGCGGGAAGCCAGUAAACAUAAAGCAACGGGAAAUCUGCGUCAACGUCGCUACUGUACGCACCAAAGCUGCUCUCCGCCUGCACAGAAUACAGUAUAAACACGCUCUGCUAUCUAUCACUGCAAGGGCGAAACGGCAGGACAGCAGCUCGCUUUUUGAUCGCAGCCCCGAAAACAAACGAGAGAGAAACCCGUCAUUGGCAGCACAUGAGAGUAAUAAUGAGACAUGAGCCGUACCAACCGUUUGAACAAGGUACAACCGUGUGGAGGACUGGAUAGAAGUACGAGGUGGACAACCUGAAGACAUGGAAUAAAGGGAAUUUGGAGACGACUGAAACAACUUGAGUCAGAUCCAUAAAUACAAGAAACUGACUCGUAAAAAAACACGUACAGCUGGAAGAGAGCUGUAGAGUGAGGAAGAGAGAAGCUGAAGCAGAUGAGGAGUGAAGAUGGGGUGUGGUCAGACGCUCGCCAUGUUUCUGCUGGACUCUACAGUGCACCCCGUUAGCCGCCGGUCAAAGCAGGAGCCUCCUCGCUAAAACCAGAGCAGCUCAUUUCACCUGCUGGAGGAGCUCCCACACUCGGUGAUGUGAUGAAUAAGUUUGAAGUCCUUGGCAUUGUUGGAGAAGGAGCGUAUGGAGUGGUGCUUAAGUGCAGGCAUAAGGAUACUAAUGAGCUGGUGGCCAUUAAGAAGUUCAAAGACAGCGAAGAAAAUGAGGAGGUCAAGGAGACGACUCUUCGGGAGCUGAAGAUGCUUCGGACGCUGAAGCAAGACAAUAUCGUCGAGCUGAAGGAGGCUUUUCGCAGGAGGGGGAAACUCUACCUUGUCUUUGAAUAUGUUGAGAGGAACAUGCUGGAGCUCUUAGAGGAACUGCCCAAUGGUGCACCGCCUGACAAAGUCCGUAGCUACAUCUACCAGCUCAUCAAAGCUAUCAACUGGUGUCAUAAGAAUGAAAUAGUACACAGAGAUAUCAAGCCGGAAAACCUCCUCAUCAGCUCGGAGGAUGUUCUCAAACUCUGUGACUUUGGUUUUGCUCGUAACCUGUCUGAAGGAACAGAUGCCAAUUACACUGAGUAUGUGGCUACAAGGUGGUACCGCUCGCCUGAGCUGCUGCUGGGGGCUCCCUACGGAAAGGCAGUGGACAUGUGGUCAGUGGGGUGUAUCCUUGGGGAGCUAAGUGACGGACAGCCCUUGUUUCCAGGGGAAAGUGAAAUAGAUCAGCUCUUUACCAUUCAGAAGGUUUUGGGGCCACUUCCUGCCGAACAGAUGAAACUCUUCUACAAUAAUCCUCGCUUUCAUGGAAUCAGGUUUCCCUCUGUUACUCAUCCUCAGACUUUGGAGAGAAGGUACCAAGGCAUCUUGAGUGGUUUGAUGUUGGAUCUGAUGAAGAACCUGUUGCUGCUAAACCCGACUGAACGUUAUUUGACAGAGCAGAGUUUGAACCACCCGGCCUUCCAACCUCUGAGGCAGGCAGAGAGAGAGCGGCCUCCUCCUGCAUCUCCCAACCCACCACGCUCUUCCAAGAGGAAAACACACCAUCAUGGAGAGAACACAGUUCCUACAAGGAGUCACACUAAGAGCACGAGCCGUCGCUCCAACAGCAAAGAAUGUUCCAGCCUCCCUCGCCAUGGUGACCUCCAUCACCUCAGCAACAAGAGUUUCUUAAAUGGUAACAAACCACCCCCGUCCAGUUUAAGUCCUACGCUCCACCCCAAGGGCCAGUACAUGUCUCAGACCCUUAAUCGUUCUGCCUCAUCCAGCAAAGACCUGGCUAACAACAACCUGCCACACCUCCUUAGUCCCAAAGAAGCCAAAGGCAAGACAGAGUUUGAUUUUAGCUUGGGACCCUCCCCAAAGCUGCCAGACCAGGGACACGGGGCAAAGUAUGGCCACAGCAAACCAAGCUCCUCUCGCUCUCAGCAGCAGCAGCAGCAGCAACAACAGCAGCAGCAGCAGCAGCAGCAGCAGCAGCAGCAGCAGGCCAGUCGCCACACCUUCCUGGAAAACAAGACCAACACACUGCAGUCUGGAGCAGACAAACAACAUGGCCGACACGUCCAUAGUAUGGCCGACUCUGCCCACGGAUCCAUGUCCUCCUCUUCUAAGAGUUCAGCCUCUUAUCUGAGCCUGUCCAAGAGCCACAGCGCGCUGAGUGAUGCCAAAUCUGUAGGAAACCUCAGCGAUGGUCGACUCCACCCAGAUGACCCAAACUCCAGCUCAACAGCAGGGGUGGGGCCCAGUGCCCGUUUCUUCCCCGCCAGUUGUUUAGACCUCAACACCACUUCAGGUCUUCCGGGGCCACCCGGCAGCCCCUCUGCUCGACACAGCGAUCGAUCCGGGCACAGCCCCGCCUCUCGUAGCAGCGGGAAUGUCCGCAUGGAGAGCAGCACACUGGACUCCUCAUCCAGACACAAAUCUAGACAUAAAACUUUAGCCCCAGAGGAGGCCGGUGCUCCGGAGCUCUUAGACCCAGGAGGAGCAGGGAUGCCCUCCACUCACACUCUGCCUUCUCCACAUGAGUCUUAUCAUUAUGGCCUAGGCUAUACUUCCCCCUUCUCCUCUCAGCAACGUCCUCAACGCCACUCCAUGUACGUGAGGAGGGAGCGCCACCGACCACACGGGGUCGAGAGUGGGAUGGCGGGCUUGCCUGCGCCGGGGCAGGCGAUACCGACACGUGCCAGUAGCCUGCAGCUCCUCUCCCCUCAAAUGCAGCACCGGACCACCCUCACUGGACAUUCAGUGAGCUCUUCAAGAGAGGACUGCACUGAUGACAUGACGAGGAGUGAGCAGUCCCCUAAAGACAUGAGCCACCCUUGCGCCCCCAUCAAAGACUCUACGAGGGACAACACUGCUGCUUUUCAUACACAGCGCACUAAAAACGAGGUUGGUAUGUAUCACGACCCUCAUGGUGACGAUGGAGGUUCCUCCAAGGAGAACAGGAUGAUCUUCACUGAGUCUAUGCCUCGGAGAGUAGGCAGCUUCUACCGAGUCCCGUCCCCAAGACCAGAUAACCCCUCUUCUUUCCAUGAUGGUGUCGGGCAGGGUCGAGGGCCAGUUGUGCCGGUUGUUCCCGUAGAUCCUGUUGCCAUGGCCAACCACUCCAAACGCCAGACGGCUUUUGACUGGACCACCGCAGAAGCAAUGGUCAUGAAUCCUCCAGAGCCCACCAAAGAGAAGGAAAAACAAGGCUUCUUCAGAGCCAUUAAAAAGAAAAAGAAGAAGACACAAAUAACGGACAUGGAGGACGGGAGGAACCCCAGCAUCAGGAAAAGCCUUUUCCCCCUCUUUAGCUCGAAAAAUAGCUUAAAGCACAACUCAGCUGUCAAAGUCCUACCUGUAGUCGCCUCGCCUAUGGUACAACACCAGCCUCCCGCGCCCUACCCUGCCUCACCAGUUCCUGGUAACGGACAAGAACACCUGUCCCUGCAGAGGAGCUCCAAGUCAUCUUCUCACCACGGCAGCCGGAGGAAAAAUCGCGAGCGAUCCCGAGACAGAGACCGGGAGCGGGAACAGAGCCGAGACCGAGACAGAGAGAGAGAGAGAGAACGGGAGAGAGAAAGAGAGAGAGAAAGGGAGAGAGAGAGGGAAAGAGGGAGGGAGAGAGAGAGAGUUAAUGAUUGGCCACCAGAAAAACCAGUGGACUCACACUCUCAGAGUCAGCCACUCAAGUCACUCCGCAGGCUGCUUCACCUUUCCCCAUCUUCCUCAAAUCAAGGGCAGCCUCCUCCACCUCCUCCAGACCUGCGCUUCCAAGCCCCACUCCCCAACCCCCCUCAGCCCUCCUCCAAAGCGGGCUACUCUGAGGGUCGAGGGCACACCGAGAGCAGGGGGCACUCUGGGGUGAGCAGCUCCGCCCAGGCUAAGAGCCGCAAGGCCAGCUACCCCCUCCCCGGACAGAUCGAGUCCAGCUGGCAUGUGUCUGCUUUACAGCGGGCGGAGGGCGCUCAGUUCACCCCAGAACAGCUGGGCAUCAAACCUGGGCAGAACGGACCCACCUUUACCCGAGCCUCCCGCAGCAGGAUGCCAAACCUCAACGACCUGAAGGAGACCGCGCUGUAAACCCCUUCCCCCCUAACCACACCACCUCCAAUACGUCUCCAUCCUGGAAGCAUCUGCCAGACGCAGACAUCAUGGUACUGUAGUAAAAGUUUACAUGAAAGCCUAUUUCACUGGAUCAAGUCCUCAUUCAGAAACGUAGUUAUUUGUUGAUGCUCAUGUCUCUGAAAUCUACAAAGACUAGACGUUAACACCAGUAACAGUGUUGUUUAAGGAUUCAAAGACAGGAAAGGGCUCCCUUUCCCUCCCGGGAUGCCAGUACAUCAGUUGUUUGUAAUGCUCUCUCUACUUAACAAUGUUAGAACACCAGAAUGAGCUGAUCUUUCCUGUCAAGGAGACACUGCCCAUGUGGCCUCUUUGCUGCCAUCUUCUGCUCACAGGACACUACGGCAACACAUCAGACAGCCACUGACACACAAGUGGCCAAUAAACUCAAAUGUUUUUCAAGCUCUGAUAUUUGAUAAGAACAAAAAAAAAAGAUUUAUAUCAACAGUAUUUAUUAAAUAUUUAUUUGUUUUAAAUUCAAGGAUAUAAGCUAUAAAUGACACAGUAUGUAGGCUAUAUGGGAAUAUUAUAAGGUAAUAUAGAAUUAAAUGUGUAAUUGCAAGAGCUUUAGUUUCGACACAAAGAAAUGCAUAGAUAUUUAUGUGUUGAUAAUACAAUAUGUCACAAAGAAUAUUUAAUAAUGGUGAAUGUCCUUUUUUUGUUCAAUUUGAUAUGUUAUUAACAGAUUUUCAUGUUAUAUCAUGUUAUUUUUACCAUUGUUUGUGUUUGUUUCAUCCAAAUGUAAAGAAUUAUUGCUAAAUACUUGUUACUAAAAGUGGGGAAAAAAUCUUGGACUUUACAUCUAGUACAAAUCUGCCCAUCACCCUCAUGACAUCAGUUUUGAAAUUUUGUGACGAGUCGGGCUAUUUGUCAACAAGGUUUGGUAGCAGAACAGCCGAGUGAGACUGUUAGGCUCUGUGCUUUACAUACAGUAAUUGUCAGUUCACUUUUUAAGUCCCACUCUAGGUGUCACCAUUUAAAAAUAAACCCCAUUUUCAGUUCAUUUAUCAGCUUUUAACAGCUUUCCAGCUCCAUGCUGCCAUGUUGGUUUCGUCCACCGCCUUAAGAGCAAGUAACGGGCAUCAAGACUUUGGUUCCCAUUGGUGGUGAAAAGUUAGCCUGAGGUUUGACUAACUCAGACACAACUUCUCAAGAUAGUAGGAGAGUUCUCCACAAAAAGGCAUACCUCACCUACAACCUUUAAGAUCUUGAAGGUUAAGUCUGGUGGUAUUUUAUAUUUUCGUAAUGUGAACAAAUCCCAUUUAAAGACAAAAACCAACAAUGAAUCCAACCUGCUAACAAGUGCUGUCUGUGUAUCCUAAAUGUGAUAUAGCUUAUUGCUCUGUGUCAAAGUUGUUGUCCUAAAACUCUUAAAAACAUGUUCCUUCAUUACCAUGGGCACUGUAGUUUAUUUUGAACCAAUCACACAUACCCCAUCCUGCUGCUGUAAAUGCUCACUAAACAACAAAAUGUGUAUAAAUCCGCAGCUGAAAGUAGUCCCCAACAAAUGCACAUACAUAAAACUACAGUGCCGAGUGGUUUGCAGUUUUAAGGCAUGAUUUAGAAAUCUCAUAAAACAAAGCUAACUAAAAUAAAACUACAUAUAUGUAACAAGUUUUUAAAGAUUAACAUCGUCAGUAGGAACCAAUGGUCUUGGGGCUGAGUGCCACUGACUGGUUUGGGGAAGUCAGAAAGUACUGAGGGACGAAUUAAGGCUGCAUUCAGACUGACUUAAGCAGACCUCUUAUUAAUUUGAACAAGGCCAGUCCGGCAACGUAGUGGGGGUGCCAAAGCAGGAGGCUACAGCAAAACAGCGCAUGACCAUCUCAACGUCACUUAAAUACAUACUAGCGCACAUUGCUGGUAGAUUUCUUGUUGCCUGUAAUGUGAAUGUUGUAUUUAUUCAUCUCACAGUUGUUGUGAUGAUAGAUAAAGUAGUUGCCGCCGUGAUAACUCUACAAGGUUGUAAAAACUCUACCGGUCACAGAGUAUUAGAAAUAGUUGUGUUGUGUUUGGCAUCUAAUAAGCCUUUAAAUUGAACUCAAUAUGAAAUAACAGGCCCGUGCCAAUGCAGCCUUUUGUGUUGUAACACAGGGCUGUUUUGGGCCCACUAACGCACUGUUGGUUUUGUUUUUAUCAUGGGAUUUGUUGACAAUAAGAAUGAUGUAUAAUUGCACCAGACUUGUCCUUUAAUAUGUGUGUUUACAUUUUUCUGUGUGCAUUUUAAAACCUUGUUUUAUCAAACUUUUUGUAUCGGAAAUUGGAUUUCCUACUUUAUUCGCAUUAUUUUUAAUAUCAAUAGUCAUGAUCAGGGAUGAUUUUACCUAACUAGGUUAUUCAUAAAAGCAUUUACUUGUUAUCUACUGACCUGUGGAUGAUAAAAAAAAAAAAAAAAUUCAAAGUUGUAUAGAACAAUACACUAUUUGUGGCCUAGGCAAAACAUACAGCAUAGUUUUCCUUCGUUCCUUCCUCCUCUUCUGUGAUUUUAAAGUGAAGUUUUUAUAUCACAGAAGGAGGGAAAAAAGGAUGGAUGCAUUUGUGCAAAAUUUAAAACACCUGUGGACUAAAGAGAGAGUUCAGUUUUGGAGAAUUUUACGUUUUGUUUCUCAUCUGUUGGAUAUGAUAAAAAUGGAAAAGAAAAAGAAAAAAGGAAAAAAAUAAAUGAACCAAUUGACUACAAGGCUGAUUGAAAGCAAUAACAUUCAGAAUGAGACUUAGACUGAUGCAGAUUGUACUAGCUAAAUAACUGGCUAGUUAAUUUGGAGCUAAAUAUAGCACAGAGAAGGAUUUCCAGUAGGAGACUGUGAUUAAAUCAAGUGUCCACACAUAAUAUCAAGACAUCGCUCUGCAAUACAUUUUUUAUUUUCAAUUCGUCCUUGAACAUGAUUCAGGACAUGUAAAACUGCCCCAUGUUGUGUAUUAUGGAAAAUCCUGAUUGCUAAUGAUUGUAAAUGACUGCUGACGUGGGUUUGUCUAUAUCAUUAAUGGGAUAGAGUGAUGACAACGCUUGCCUUGCCAGUGACCCGAAGCCUUAUAUUAGCUUACUGACUCAACACUUCAGAUGGAAAUGAAGGCUUCAACCCCCCUGUAAGUCACAUACACUGAGAACUGAGAUGAGAAGAAGAUUUUAUGUUCACAAAUAUGAAUGUGUUUCCUAAAACAUCAGUUCUUUUUUUUUCAUUAAGCCGUUUCCCACUUCUUACAGGGUGUAAAUAGAAAUAAUAGAGUGUAUCUAUACUCACCAUUCUACUUUAAAAAUGAUAGGGUCUCAUAAUAAAAGCCAACUGUACAUUUUUGAA